AUGGGGAAGCAUGCUGAUCAGGUCUGUUCACCUUAUCGUGAUGGAUCUGAGAGGCCCAGAAAAGCCAACCCUGAUUCUAGGCCCCAGUUCUGUGAAGAAAUUACUUUCUACAUUUGCACCUUUCAAGGAGGGAUAAAGUGUAUCACUUUGCAAGGCUCAGGCAGUCCGCCAGCGAAGCGCGGCUCCGCACGCCCGAGGCGCCGCCAGCCUGUCAGUCCCCGCGGGGCCCCGCGAGAGCACUUCCCAGGCGGCCCAAGCCUCGGGGAGCCGCGUCCUCCCGCACGGGCUCCAGCCCUGCCUCCCUCCUCACGCAAGGGGCUCGACGACAGACAGAGAGGGACCCGCAGGGCGUGCGGGGCCCGAGGCCGGGCCGGGCCGGCGAGAGGCGGCCGGAGGCGCCGGGGACGGGCGCCCCGCGAGCUUUCCCUCAGAUCCUUCCAGAACCCUCAGCCAAACUUCCAAAACUUGCCUAUUCGAAGGGCAGAGAAGAGAUAUCAGGAGUUCAGAGAUUCAGCGAAUAGGAUGCAGGCCAGUGGAGACAGAAAUACAAAAAGCCAGAAGAGACAAAGAACAAAGGACUGAGACUAUAAAAUAUGGAACGGGAGAGGUGAAAAUGGCAGGAAGUAAAGGAUCAUGAAAAGAAUAUGAAAUAGAGUGAAAAUUGAAAACAUUCCACGAAGCAAAGUAAAGGAGGGCUUGCCGGCCUGGAGGAAUUUGGAGAGCCUUCAGGUCAAGAAGACCAUAUAUUUGGGCCGAGUGCAUGGGCCGAGGUCCUAUGGGUGAGCAAUAAAGCUGUCUCGGCGACCCACUACCUGGCCCAGCCUCCUCUUAACACCUAAAGCCACUGGA